AUGGCAACAAAGAAGAAUAGCGACUUUAUCAACGAGCCCAUGGGCGAUAAACCUGUCACUGAUGUAGCUGGGAUUGGACCUUCGUAUGGGAUGAAACUUGCCCAAAUUGGAUACGUUAAAGCUUCUGCUCUGUACGGACGAUUCCUUCAGCUUAAUAAAGAUGAAAGUUUGUUCACACAAUGGUUGAAGGAUGAGGCUGGAAUCCCUCUCGGACCUGCAAAGACUGCAUACAAUUGUCUUAAGGCUUAUGCCCAGAAGUUUCUCUGA